AUUUGGCGCCAAAUAAGUGAUUGUUUAUUGAUUUCGUGAAUAAAUGCAAAAAUGUUGGACAAGAAGACAAUCGGUUCCCAAGACUUCUACGGCUCGCAAACGCCACACAAGAAGAGACAGCGAAGCGGAGGACAAGCGGUGAUCGACGAGAACCACAACCCUUUGAAACGACACAACAAUGCGAACCACAAACACAAAAAGGGGACACAAAAUGACUCCGACUUGGGAUCCGCUCAAAAGAUGUAUUCAUUUCCAUCGCAUUGUCUUAUUUCACACAAAGAGAUGAAUCACAUGAACAACGGUUUCUCCAGAAAGUUUCGAAACGAUUGCCGAAAUCCGAAACGACUGAAUGGCGGCAAUAGUCGUGUCGAAAGACAUGACACUCUUGUCAGCGAAAGACACGAAUCGAUGCGAAUGGAUAUGAAGACAUUGAUGGCCAACAGUUGUCAAGACAACAGCCUUAAGACUCCUCAGACUAAGAGUCCUGAGAUUACACACAAUCAAAAGAUUACACAUUAUUUCCAAAAGUCGGUAAACAAUGAAUCGUUGAUUCCUUUGAGUGAAGAGAAGACGAGUGAAAGAAAUGACGUUAUAUUCGACGACUGGUGGGUCGACGACGACGUGCCCAACAGUGACGUGAUUGAAGUGUUUGACGCCAACUGUCCGUUUGGACUCAAGAAUCUGGGAAACACUUGUUAUAUGAAUUCAGUUCUUCAGUGUUUGUUUGCCUUAAGGUUUUUCAUCAACGAUUUGGAGACGAGUUUCGAACAAAUGAAUCCGAAAUCCGAUUUCUCAAUGACUGAAAGCCUUUUAAAUCUUUACAAUCAAUACAACUCUUUGCGAACAAAUGAAGACAAUUGGAGCGGCGAAGACCUGGAGACCAGUUUGUGGCGAUUGAAGGACUGUGUCGGCCAGAAGUCGAGUCUAUUCCAGACGAGCGGCCAACAGGACGCCGCAGAGUUCUUCACACAUGUCAUCGACACCAUUGCCGAAGAGUUUGAAACCUCUUGUAAUAAGAACCUGAUUUGGGAUCACUUUGGAUAUGAGAUGACGCGUUCUCUUGAGUGCAAAACGUGUGGCAAUGAAACCAAAAUAGAUAACGAAAAGUUUCACGCCUUGGGUUUGACUCUUCCUGACGACCAUUCGUUGACAACAGGUCUGCGAGACUUUCUCAAAGAUGAGACGACUGGACAUCAAUGCGUUUCCGAGAACUGUUCGGCGAAUGAAAACGUUUUGCGCAAAUCGUUUACAAAACACUCGAAGGCUUUGUUUCUUCAAUUGGGAAGAUAUACAGAAGACGGUUCCAAACGCACCGAAAGUGUUGCCGUUCCGCAAGUGAUCCACCUUUCGGCGCAACACGUGAGGACCCCGUCGUCUCCCAAAUUACAAGACAUGUCACGAGUUGUGCGAAAAAUCUCUUUCGAUGACGAAGAAGUGGACAACGAAGUGGUCUAUCAGUUGGUUGCUGUCAUUUGUCACCACGGGAUCAGUCUAUCUGUGGGCCAUUACACGAGUUUUGUGUUCAACAGUGAUAACAAUCAGUGGUAUUCGUGUGACGACAACCGGAUCUCAAAGACAGACUUUGAUUGGGUGGAGAAAAGCAAUGUAUUGCUUCUCGUCUUCAUUGGUGUGCAAUGUAUGGCCGGAGCGUCGGCUCAAGAGUCGGACCUGUUUUUGAUGACAUCUCCCGAAUCGGUGCGUCUCUCGGACUCAACACAACCGAUGGACAGCACAUCUGUGGCCGACUUUCUGUCCCUAACUCUGGGCUACUCUUUACCGAAGGCUUUCGAGUGGUCGGGAGUGACCGCUAUUACCGACGUCUUCUCGUUGGCCAAAGCGUGUGUAACGGUCCGCCUCUCUGGCCAUCACGACAUCCAAAUGCAAGCCAUUAAACGGAUCCCAAUUGUGGGCGCCGUUCAGCACGAGUGGGACGUNCUUUCGUUACAGGCUUUCGAGUGGUCGGGAGUGACCGCUAUUACCGACGUCUUCUCGUUGGCCAAAGCGUGUGUAACGGUCCGCCUCUCUGGCCAUCACGACAUCCAAAUGCAAGCCAUUAAACGGAUCCCAAUUGUGGGCGCCGUUCAGCACGAGUGGGACGUCCUUUCGCACCGAACGGAACAGCGCUUCGCAGCCAAUGAGCGGCUCAUCUUCAGAAUGGAGGACACCUUCGAUGGCAACUCUUUUCUGGACUCUUCAGCCGAACAGCGGCUCUCCAAUGGACUCAAACGCAAAGAAAUACAGGAAUUGGUGACAACUGGCGACAGAAAUGAUGACAAUAUAAAGGCGUUUGUCUUGGAAUUGGAAACCAUUUACGAAAUUCUGGAUUCGUUAAAGACAUCAAACAAAUUGUCUGCAAUUCGAGGCCUUUUCUCGUUCGACAUCUCGUCCUUCGACGCCAUCUUAAGUGACCAGAAAUACGAAGAAUCAACACAAGAUUUUAGACGUAUUUAUGGCGACAAAGUAGUGGUCGCAGUGUUUCAACAACGAAGACAAUCACCUCAUUUGGUCCGCAAUACCAGAGAUACCAAGAGAGAAAAGAUUGCAAAACGACCGCAGAUUCACUAUUCAUACGCGAAGAGCCUCUCCUCAGCCUCUCCUCAGCCAAACAAACCCUAUUAG